AUGGCAGCGUCCGAAGGGGCCAGGCGCCUUCGGCUUAACAUCUCCGCGCAGCUCGGUGACCAGAUCAUCUCCAAGUUCCUCAUCAUCGUGGAUGAUGAGUCAGGAGCCGAGGCACUUUACUCCAAGGUGCAGCAGGCCCUUGAGCGGAGCGGGCUGGACGUCGUGGUAGCUGAAGUUCGGAAUGGCAACCAGGCGCUGGUGCCGGUGGACGAGUUUCUCGGCGACAUCUUCCGGGACGGCGACGAGGUCUUAGUCCUUCUGCAAGCGGGCAGCGGACAGCGGCUGCAGUCAACGGUUCGCCCGACCUUGCGGCCUGCCGUUCCCCUGCCUGCCGCCGAUGCCGCUGGCGGCCUCAGGAGAGAUCUCGAUGGCCCUCCGCAGGAGGUGUCGCGCCUCAGCUGCCACGCGGCGCCGACCACGCAAAGUACCAGGCACGACUUCCCGGUCAUUGCCACCGUGGAGGAUCGUCGUGGCAGGACCAUGCCCGUCACCGCGCACGUGACCUUGCCACCCCAGGUGAUUGACGAUGAGUCGGAUGAUGAGUACUAUGCCGACGACGGAGUCUUAGCCCCUGCAGAAGAGGAGUAUCCGCCUCUGCCGCGCGCCCCUCCUUUCGCGCCACCAGGAGCAGAGGCGGUGCCCGGUCCGAGCGAAGAGUUCGAAGCGGAGCGCAUGCCGUACGAGACUGUACAGGUCGACCACCCCGUGGACCCGGUCCAGCUCACCUCAUACGACAACGACUGGCUCGUAGAGCAUCUGACGCCCAGGCUGCGGGACUUCAUCAUCUCCCGCUUUCAGCCUGACUUGAUUACGGAGCCCAAGUUCGUUGCCUCCAUAGGGAAGUACGUGGGCGCCAAGUAUCUGCAGACAUCGGGCAGCUUCAUCUCUGUAUUCAUGCGGCCCCAGACUAACCUCAGUUCGGAUCCGAACGUCACCAUGCCGGUCCAUUACAAUCUCCCGAAGUCGGAGAUCUUCGUGUUUCUGCGCCAGGCCGAAACGCACAUUGACGAGCUGGAGCAGCACCAGGAGUUGCUCCGCGCGUCCCUGCGGGCGCUGCGGGCGCUGCUCUCGGCCGCCUCCGGCGGCAUGUCGGAGACCGAUGCGGUGGACGUACUGCUGCCAAUGGACUACCACGCUUUCGCGGAGGCGAUGGCGUGUAUUUGGUGUUGA